AUGGUGUUGUAUCCUUACACGAAAGACGACAAGGUUGAGCCACACACACCAGAGACAGAGAGUGACUACGAUCCAACGAUUUUGAUAAGCCAUUUGAAGAAGAAUAAGAGCCCACUGAGUAGGAUGAGCAGCAUGACGGGGGAGUUUGGUGGGGAACAAGCAGACAACUUACCUUAUCCGAAUUCAUCUUCUCAUGAUGACCCGGUUGAGCAUACUGAGACUCAGGAGGAGGACACUGUUAAAUUGGAUCUGUCCCUAGAGAUUGUUGACCCACUACCCCUUCUUCUAGUCGAUCCUUUUAUAAUAAUGCUUUGGGGCCUAGGAUGA